AUGGAGGAAUCCAACGCUGCAACCCAAUCCAUUUUAACAGAGCUGACUGAGGUCAGACAGAUGGCGAUCCAGAACCGCCUUGCUUUGGACUAUAUUCUAGCCUCGACUGGAGGAGUAUGUGCGCUCGUGGGAACCGAGUGCUGCACAUACGUCUCUGAUCAGACCCUGAACAUUACGGGUCACCUCAACAACAUCCAUAAACUGACCGACGACCUUAGAAAUAUUCAACACGAAGGUCUGUCUGAUACCCAACUUUGGAGUUGGUUACCAGGCACCGCGUGGAUAAAACAGCUCCUCGGAAAUGGCCUCCUUAUUCUAAUCACCGUAGCCAUUUGUGUUGCUUUCUUCUGCUGCGCCAUCCAUUGCUUUCCACUUUGCUGUCAAACGUGCGAAUACUGCGUCCCGUCUCUCCACUCCCGCACCGCUGUUUCUCAGAGGAUGAUCCCGGCGGGAACCCCUUCGACUUUCAUCGAGAUGGGACCCCAAGGAGCCCAGCUCAACCCGGACCCUAGGUAUGGCAUGUCAGACUUUUAUUAA